AUGGCUAAGAGACCUAUCAGCAACGAUCUGCUCGAGAAGGACUUGUCGACACUUCCAUCGUUGACAGAAGGCCCAACGCCAACUUCCUCCUCCUUCGCGGAUCGUAUUCACCAGCGACGUCGUGUUUCUCGCACUACCGCCACCCAUCCUCUAGGCCAAACCCCGUCAAAACCAUGGGAGCCGAUGCAGCUGCGAACGCAGGUCAUGGUGUCCAUCAUCGUAUUAUGCUUCUGUUUCACCGUCGCAUUGGAGGUUGUUUUGUAUUUCAAUAAGAAAGCAUUCGGAUGGCCACUGCCCCCCUUCGCUAAACGGUCCAAAAACUUUCAUGUGAUAUUUACUGCUGUGCCUGUGUUCCUCGCUUGGGCACUCUCUAUGCACGUUCGUGAGGUGGAUCGAGAUAUCAAGCUACUUCAACCUUACGUCGACAUGACAAAAGGGGGAGCAAGUGCAGAGCUUAGUGUGCUGCUUGAUUACACACGAGAAAGCCAAUUCGUGGUCCUGCCUGCGACACUGCGAAAUGGUCAUCUGACGGCAUUUCUGUCCACGAUGUUAUGCAUCGUUUGCCUCAUCCUAUCUCCUCUUACAUCCUCGUACAUCUACUACCAAGCCCCUCCCCCAGAGUUCACCAUACCACUGAAAAAUGUCCAAAUCCAAGAAAGAUUGGGACUACCGAGCUCAUUGGACCUUGUAAAAGUUGACGCUGCUGGAGCAUUUAUGAAGGCUGCAUCGUCUUUUGAACUCUCGCCACCUCCCUUUGUGCGCUUUCUUCCAGGUGGAUCUUGGACAGCCACUCGUGUCAAUCUGACUUCUCCGGUAAACGAAGCAGGUGUCGCCUUUGCUGAGAUGAUUUGUAUCAGGUCCGCUAGUAAUUGUUCCAAUGCCGAUAGUGUGGCAUACAACGUCGACACUGGCGUCAUCUCAGGCGUAUCUCAGAAGUUUCAAUGUUCCUUCCAAACCGUUGCCUCCGAUUCCCCGGGCUUUAACGAAGUACCGUACCCCUAUGGCAUAACAGUUUGCAAUGACGGUAAAAACACAUUUUCGAGUCCAGUCGUCUUUUGGAUGUUGGAGAAUGUUGAUGGUCAUUCAAAUCCUCAGCCACUUGCAACUGUGUGCACGGGGGAAAUUUUUCUGAACAAUUCUACGGCAUCUUUGAACAGUUCAACGCUCUCGUUGUUGCAUAUUGUGGAUGAGGGGCCACCCGGAACAGGGGACCUCGCUAGGAUCGAUUUGAACAAUGCGCCAUUUAAUGGGACUGCUUUCAAUGGACUGUUCCCUUCGAACGCUUCCGCUACCGUGCAGGAUCGUGCGAUGCUCAAUUCGACGAUACAUAGUGUUGGGAAGGCUGUGGUUCAAAAUGUCAUCGCGGGCACCGUGACGCAAGUGAAUAUUACUGCCGAUGAUUUGACCUCCACCACCUCCCAGGUCUAUGGUCAUUAUCUUGGCAUGGUAGCAAGCAUCAUGUAUUAUACACCCCUAGAGAACACAACGACCAGUGGGGAUUUGUAUCCUGUUGGUGAUAGAUUGUUCAUUUCCGGAGCUAUCACUCACGUCCUCGCUGUCCUCUUCUUUCUAAUCGCUCAGGGAUCAAUCUUCAUCAUUGUCCUGCAUCACAGAGACAUGACGAAUCUUAUACUCGGAUCCCCUCCUGGGACCAUCGCUGCGGCCGUAGCCGUUGCUGGACAAUCCGAGCUGCCGUACCUUCUAGCCGAGAAGGACACAGUGACAGACAUAAAGACUAAAUUAUCAGGCCUAUCGUUCAGCCUUGAUUCGCAUACUGGACAACUAAGGGUGGAGGAAGAACAUACUGCUGGACAUACGGAACGGCCAGACACCUAUGAUGUCCUUCCACGGAGUCCUCUUUCCGGGUCCGGCCCUAAAGCCCCUUAA